GCGUUUUUGUUACAUUGAUGAAUGACUAAUACUCACAUCAGAUUCUAUAGCUUUUGUCAACCAAAAAAAAAAAAAAAAAAAAAAAAAAAAAAAAACCUUGCCAUUUUAGAAAUUUGACUGCCUUUAUAUUCAAGUACCAAAUAUUAAGUACAUAAUCAAAUUUCAUCCAUGAAUUAUCUCUAAAUCUGUUUCUUGAAAGCAAGUGAUAUUAUCAUUUACUUUGUAGCAAAUCAGCACUAUACAUGUACUUUUAAUUUUGAUGCUAGAAUUAGUGUUUAAUUUUAUCUGCAAAUCAUGGUAAUUGAGCAAGAAAGAAAGUAAUUAUCAGCUUAAUGUUAUUUUUUCAUACCUGAACAUAAUUCAAUCAUUCACCACCACAUAUGAAAUGCAGGUGGACCCUUGUUGAGCUUACAGUGGAUGAUAUUUUGACAUUUGUCUUGAUACUGGAUAUAUCAUCUGCACCUUAUUUGUUAUUUGACUAAUUUCUACCUAUUGCAUCAGUACCAUGUAUCUGUGAUACUACCUUUUAUUUGCAACUUUUGAAUAUUUUAUACCUCACAAAUAAUACUCAAAUGUUGCAAAUUAUUAACUGAGAUAGUCUUAUUUUGCCGCCUAUUUAUUGUAAACUAUACAUGUACUGUCAUCAUUAAAUAUCAGUUAGGCCUAACCACUUCAAUCUUUUCUCUUCAUCUUCUCACAAAAACUAGCAUGUUGUUGCCUGAAGCAACCAGUGUGUGGUCAUGGUGGUGGAGUUCUAGCAAUAAGGAAGGCGAAACUUUGCGAAACAUCUUGACCAUCCUUGCUCCCUUGUUCAUUAUUUUCUGGUUCAUUUUCGCUGCCAGGAAGCAAAACAAGGAGAAUCCUCCUUUGCCUCCUGGACCGCGUGGCCUGCCUUUAGUUGGAUACCUCCCUUUUCUGGAUUCCAAUCUCCAUCAUUGCUUUCACAAGUUAGCCAGUUUAUAUGGUCCAAUAUUCAGAUUCCGGCUUGGAAGUAAUGAAUGCAUUGUGGUCUCCUCACCGUCUCUAGUCAAGGAGGUGGUUAGGGACCAUGAUGUCGUGUUUGCUAACCGAGCACCCCUUAUUGCUGCUAAAAGUCUUUUGUUUGGGUCGAUGGAUAUUGCCUUUUCCGAUUAUGGUGUUGAAUGGAGAAAGAUGAGAAGAAUAUUUGCCACUGAGAUGCUUAGUAAUGCUCGUCUUGAUGCCAGUUAUUAUCUAAGGAAACAGCAUGUGAAGAAAAUGAUAAAUGAAACCUAUGAAAAAGCUGGUCAGUUGGUUGAUAUAGGUGACCUAGCAUUCUUAACUCUUGUUGGUUCUGUUAUGAGUAUGGUAUGGGGGGAUACAUUGAAAGGGAAUGAGGGGUCUGUCAUUGACUCUGAAUUUCGAGCUGUCGUAAAUGAACAGCUAGAACUUCUAGGGGCACCAAAUAUUUCAGAUUUUUUCCCUUUGCUUGCUAGGUUUGAUUUGCAGGGAAUAGAGCGCAAAAUGAGGAUAAUCUCAAAACGGAAUGAAGAGAUUUAUGAUAAAGCCAUACAUCACUAUGCUGGAGCAAGUAUUCAGCGGAAGGAUUUCCUAGGGCAUCUCAUGCAGCUUACCAAAUUUGAGGAUCAUGCAACAUCACUAACCUUGCCUCAAGUUAAGGCCAUGCUCCUUGAUGUUGUGGUUGGGGGAACAGAUACAACAGUUGCUAUGGUUGAGUGGGCUAUGGCGGAGAUAUUGCGACACCCAGAAGUAAUGAGGAAUGUCCAAGAAGAACUAACUGAAAUUGUGGGAUUAAAUAAAACAGUUGAAGAGGUUCAUUUGCCUGAGUUAAAGUAUCUGAAUGCAGUUGCAAAGGAGACACUUCGUUUGCACCCACCUCUCCCUCUCCUCGUUCCUCAUUGUCCAAGUGAGCCUUCUACUAUAGGAGGGUAUCACAUACCAAAGGGUGCUCGUGUCUUCCUCAACUUAUACACUAUUCAGAGGGAUCCCCUUAUUUGGGAAGAUCCAUUACUGUUUAAGGCUGAGCGGUUUUUAAGUGGGUCUGCUGCUGAGAAAAUGGACUACUUGGGCAACCAUUUUCAGUAUCUUCCAUUUGGGUCGGGAAGGAGAAUGUGUCCCGGAAUUCCACUUGCAGAGAGGACAUCAAUGCUUGUUUUGGCUUCAAUGCUGCAUGCUUUCCAGUGGAAGUUACCAAAUGGCGCAGUGGAGGUUGAUUUAUCAGAGAAAUUUGGAAUUGUUGUGAAAAAAUCAAAACCUUUGAUUGCUGUGCCGAGUCCUAGAAUCUCCAACUUAGGUCUCUAUUCGAAGAAUGAUAAAUAAUAUUCGAAUACUGUCACAAUAAAAGAAAUGUACAGUUGUUAAUACACAUCUUUGCAACAGGUUUCCUUAUUAAUUUUUUCCCCUGUUACUCCAGUUAAUUAGUUGGCAUUGACGUAUAAUAGAUAACCAAGAGAAGAUGAUAAUGUGUAAUUACAUCAUGUAAUUUGAUGUCUAUAAUGUAGUUGCUUGUCUUAUGAAUCAGAAUUUUCACAUUUUUCAA